AUGAGUUUUGACGAUGAUGAAGAAAACUUUGCGAGUACUGUAGAAGAUAGCAACGAUGAGGACUAUUCAAGUGAUGCCCCCCUCAUCAUUCCGACAAAUCGAGAGGAAAUGGAUCCAGUUGCUCCAUAUACGACAUACCGAUUUUAUGGAUUAGAAGUAGAAUUUCCUCAGGACAGAAUUCCGUUUAGUUCGCAAAAGAGUACAAUGACAGCAAUUGUGAAAUCUCUUUCACGCAAUGAGAACGCUAUCGUAGAGUCUCCCACGGGUACUGGAAAAACCUUGGCUAUUCUCUGUUCUUCGCUUUCAUGGAUAAAAUCUACCCAACCAAUCGAAGCAACUCAACCCUCCGAAAUCCCUCCGGUUCCGGAAGCGACGCAGUCCUCCGAUUAUGAAGCCAUCGACAAGCUUCGAGAAAAGCUUCGCGCUUUGAACAAUUCCCUCACAAAGCAGACACAUCACAUUUACUACUGCUCUCGCACCCAUUCGCAGCUCGAUCAAGCCAUUCAGGAGCUGAAACGGAGCAACUUCUUGAUGUACACGCAUCGAAGCGAAGGUAGAAUCGCUCUCUCCCUUCCAGUUUUAGUAACAGAGCAGCAACGCGAGCUGUCGAUGACGGUUUUGGCCUCGAAAAGCCACUACUGCAUCAAUAAAGCCGUUCUGGAGAAUCCGAAUUUCUCCGUUGAUGAGAUUUGCGGACAUGAGCGGGAAUUGGCGUUUUUGUCGCAGGGAGAAACGGAGAAAUCCUUUGAUAUGAACUUCUGCAAAUUCCGAAAACAAGAAAGGAUCUUUGCGUGUGCGAAAUCGAUUCAUGGCGUUUUGGAUAUUGAAGACAUGAAACGACUUUGUCAGAGAAAGAAUGUGUGUCCCUAUGUAUGUAGAAUUCGAUUUCGAAUUGAUGUGAAGUUCGUAGCUCGCGAGCUGAUGACGAAAAGCCAAAUCAUUUUUGCUCCUUACAAUUACGUGAUCGAUCCGCAGAUUCGCGAUAGCAUGUCGAUCAAUCUCGCGAAAAGCAGCAUUAUUUUCGAUGAAGCUCAUAACAUUCUCACAACCGCGCGGUCGUCUGCAGGCAUGACGAUCAAGCUGCGCGAAUUCCAGGAGAAAACGAAUCACUUUAUCUCGUUUAUGAGUUUACUCAAAAUUGAAAAGGAUAAUAAAUAUCUCAGCUUUACCAAUUUGGUGGAAUUGUGGAACUCGACGCUGAAUUCUCAUUCAGACGAUUCGUUGUUUCGCUUGGAAUCAGGCGAGAGCAUGAUGAAUCUUUUGAAGUCGGGCUUCUUUCAAAACCCGUACGAUUUGGAUAUUAUCAGUAAAAACAUCGAUCUAAUCGAUGCGUGGAAGAAGGAAAUCGAUCAAAUGACCGACCAAGAUGAAUUGGGAGACAAGGAGCGGAAUUUUAUUCGCCAUUGCUUGGCUUCAAUGGGUGUGUUAGGCGUGCUUCGAAACUUGGCACGUGUUAUGACGUAUCUCUUCACAGACGCGGGCAAAUACGUCUCCGAUUUUCGCUUGCUGAUCGAGCAGGCGUUGCCCUCCAAAUCGAAAUCGAAAUCGAAGUUCUAUUCGAAGUUCUAUUCAUCCACCAAUCCGGAGCCUGCAAACGUCGAGCUCUCCAUUCUAUGCCUCAACGCAGCGAUCGUUUUCGAGGACAUCAAGAGCACGUGCUCCUCUAUCGUCCUCACGAGCGGAACGCUCGCACCGCUUUCAUCCUUUGCGAACGAAUUAAACAUCCCUUUCCAGAACCAGAUGGAGGGAAUCGCGUCCAUCGACGUGCAUCGGCAGCUCUUCGCCGCUGUGGUUCCUUCCUAUCACAACGUUUCUUUACUCGGAAGCUAUCAGAACCGCAGCAAUCCGCUGUACAUGGACGCGGUGGGCGACGUUCUGCUCGACUGUGUGCAGGUCAUUCCCGCGGGAGUUGUGUUCUUUUUCCCGUCCUACAGCGUGCUGAACCAGUUCCUUUCCUACUGGAAAAAGACCAAAUUCAUCGACCGCCUGAGCCAGAUCAAGCAGGUUUACAUCGAGCAGCGCGACGCUGUGGGUUUCAGCGCCGUUCUCACCAAUUACACCACGUUUAUGGACAAUUUUUGUACUUUUUUCCCGCCCUUUUCACGCCCAGACAAAUGCAAAGAGCGCGGGAUCCAGCCCUCCUCCGUCACCGGCGCUCUUUUCUUCGGCGUUUGCCGCGGAAAGAUCAGCGAGGGCAUCGACUUCAAAGACUACAUGGCGCGCGCGGUGAUUUCGCUGAGCAUUCCCUACCCCAAUUCCCACGCCCACGAGAUUCGAUUGAUGCGCGAAUACAUGGAUCAGCAGCACCAGCUCAAUCCAAACGUCCAGGACGGAAGCUCCUGGUACGACGAGCAGGCUUUCCGCGCGCUCAACCAGGGGCUGGGCCGAUGCAUUCGCCAUUCCCGCGAUUAUGGAGCCAUUAUUCUGCUGGAGUCGCGAUUCGGCAAUCCCGAAGUCAAGAAACGCCUCAGUCGCUGGUUCCGCGAUGAAAUCCGCGUCAGUCGCUCCGAUGCCGAGCUGAUCCGCGGUUUAAAAGCGUUUUUCGCGAGCUGUGAAAAGGCGUUUUCCGCGGGGAAUGGAGAGAAUGUGCUGGAGAGCACGCAGCCUUCGACGCAGAGGGGAGUUUCGCUGACGCAGGAGUCGGCAGUGCCGAUGCGAAUGCGCGGCGAAGAAGAAUUGGCGGGCAACUCGGCGAAGCUGCUGGAAGGACGGGAGAAUUCGAUGGGAGAACGGAGAAACGGGUCGAUUCGAUCGAAUGUUCCGCGGACGCAAAGCGAGUGGAGGGAAGAAUCGGCGGAGCCGGAGGAAGGGAUCGGGUUUUCAUCAAGGGCAAUCGACCAACAGGCACAAUCGAAGAGGAUUGGAUUGAUUUCGGUGCCGAAUGAAUCGCCAAACACGACGGAAUCGAAGGCGAUCGAUGCGUUGUCCAAACAAACUUUUUCGUUAAAACGUGACACAUCCACCACACAACUGGGAACACAACUGGGCACACAAUUGAGCACACAACUGAACACACAAAGCCACAAACGGCUUCACACCGAAUCCAUUUUGUGUCCCGUUUGUGCGCGAAAACUCGCAGAUUCGCCUUGGGAGGAAAUCGAAACCUCGCUGCAGUAUGCAAAGGAACUCCUGAGGAUGGCGCAGAUGGCGAUACAGAUGCAUGGGUAUAACGUGGAAACUGGGGAAGAGCUUGGGUCCAUCAAAGCGAAACUCCUCGACGCGGAUUCAUUGAUCCAAGGGCAUUUCUUCACGGCGUUGGCUGGUGUUGGAGAGGGAAAUAGGGAUGGAGAACGCGAUAGACAGGCUCUCUAUUAUCAUCCGAAGGAUAAAAUAUUGUUUGAUCAGAGGAAGGAAGUGAUGAUUAGAUACGAUGUGAUUUACUGUUCAUUCGGUUCGAAAGUGGUGAAGAAUGGACAAGACCCUUAUCGUGUGUUAAUUCCGAUCGGAAUGAUUUGUAAAAAGAGUGAAUUUAGUAGUAGUCUUGUGGGAAAGCUCAUUUUACUUCCUGUACCAUGUUUAACUUCUGUUGUAUAA